CAAGUAUACAGAAAGCUUGUUCCCUGCAUCCCUACCUCGCAUAUACUAAACCUCUCAAAUCGGAUCAGUAAAGAUGGGUUAUGAUCAGGCAGGCGUCACUCGCUCCCUCAACACCAUCCAGAAUGAAUUGCAAUACCUUGCCUCACAGGGCGUCAUUGCACCUCCACAGAUGCAGUCAAUUCAGGCCCAAUUACCGCAACCGAACGGCCAGCCAUCCCAAUAUAUUGACCCCCGAUACGUCAAUGGCAACCAGCAAUUCAACCCGGCCCUGAUCGCACAGCAAGCUCAGGAUCCUAACAACCCUGCGCAUCCCCAAAACCCAAAGCACCAUGAGUGGGCAGGGAAGCUGGCCCACAAGUUCGGCAACGCGGCGGUCUACGGAGCGGGUGCGACGUUUGGUGCUGAUUUGGUGAACGAUGUGAUGAGGAAGUUCUAGAGCCUUAGGCCAUUCGAG